CGCGUCUUUUCUGUGUGCGCGUCUCUGGGUUGUCUUGUCUCUGGCCCUAUCAAUUUAACAAUUUUUUUUAUUAAUUCCAGUUCAUUCAAUUUAUAGUGAUUUUAAAAGUAUGGCAAAUAAAGGAAAAUUUAUUGACAGAAUACCUAUAAUACAUGCUGCGGGGAAGUCUACAGAGGUAGCUGAGGACACUGUAACAUCCACUUUAAGAGAAUGUUCUUUAAGGGAUCAAACAACAUCCAUGAAACAUGAUACAAACAUUUCUAAGGAAGAUGUUUCCGUUCCACCUUCAAAUGUGUCGCCAAAUAAAAUUGUAUGUUGUACCACAAAUAUAGAGGUAAAAGAAAUAUUAAAUCUACCACCGCAAACUGAGUGUCAGGAAUUAAUUGAGGACUUGAAAGAUGCUCCACAUGAAACGGAAAAACAAGUUGAAUUGACAACUCAAGAAUUGGUAAGCCCUCCAGAACCUCCAUAUAAAGUGAUUUGGGACAGCCAUGCUAUGCAUGAAAGGUAUAAGAAGACUCACGAUGACUUUAACCCAUCUGAGAGGAUUAGCAGAGGGUACGAUGAUCAUUUUGAUCCUGCUCAGAAAUUUGAAGGUAAAACACAAUACGAUGCAAGAGGCAUAUGGGUAAGGUGUGCCUGCGAGUGGCACAGCCACGAACCCAUAAUUUGCGUCGAUCGAAUCCAAGCGAAUUUCAACGAACGAACAAAACCGCAAGUGGGCAAGGUUUUAUCUCCUAAUCACAACUUGGACUGUGUCCCAAAGGGUCACAGUUUUGGAAGAGUAAAGCCUGAGUCGUCUGACGGCAUAUCCGAUUUGAUAACUAACUCGAAUCAGUCUUCGUGUUUGUUUAAGCGAGACUUCUACAAGUGGCUAGGGUCCUUGAACGAUUUAAAAUUGUCGUUGAAGCAUAGAAGUGAUGAGGAUUUUCAUUUCAACGAUUUCUGUGAGAAAGCCCUGCAUUUCGACAAAAACCAUACGGGGUGGUUGCCAGUAGACACAUUUUUCGAACUGUGCAUGUGUCACAAACUCACGUUCCCUAAGGAAGACAUCGAAUCUCUUAUGAGGAUUAUGAAUAUUAUUGUGGACGACAAAGUCGAGUAUGGAAGAUUCAUUGAAAUAAUUAAUGUCAAUUCACCAAUGUUCCAAAUAAUGGAGUUUCAUGAUAUACCGAAGACAAGCAGGUACUACGUGGGACCAGAUCAGGCUGCAACUUGCGACUACAUGAUAAUGGACAGUUCAGGCAUGCACGCAGCUGGAUUACCGUCCGUCCAUUCUGAUCAUUUUCACAUCUCUACAAAACUGGCAGCGGACGAGCAAGAAUUUGAGAAAAUAUAAGGUUUGUUUCAUAAAGAAUAUUGCUUUAACGUUACUGCCAUCGCUCAGACUGAAUAUUAUCUUCUUUUUUAUUUCUACUCAAGUUGAAUCGACUGUUUUUAACGUUGUUUUUAAAGAUGAAAAACUACUACAUAGUUAGAUAAGUAUAUGUUAAAAAAAUUUUGAUAUUAUUUUUAUCCAUUAGCGAUUAAGUCUUUAGACCUAAUAAUAAUAUUUUUUUUCUAUCACAUCCAAAAAGAAAAAAAACAUUUAUAUGGUCAGAAUAUUUGCUUGCAUCUCGUACAUUCAUAAGCUUUCAUAGUACUCCUCUAGCUAGGAAAUAAAAUUUAUUUGUUACUAAAAAAAUAUUUAGAUUUAAAUGCAUUUAAACUUGUGGCAAUUUUUGUUUCAUUUGGCAGCCACAUUGUCAUUGAAAAGGUAUUGCUUUGCUAGCAUUUAGGUUUUAAAAUUAAAUAAUUGUAGUUGUAGUCUCAAAAAUGUAAAUGCAUAAUUCGUAUAUUAAUAAAUCUGCAAAAAUUA